CUCGCAGCCGAAAUGACAAUGACCACUAUGGUGAGCGAUACGGUGCCAAUACCCCGCAGACUCGGACAAGCCCACAUAACCCGGAGUCGCUUUAUAGCAUGCCCGGACAAUAUGACUCCUAUGGAGUAGCCCAUGAUGGUGGAUAUGGAAGCUUUGGGCAAGAUGAUGCAGAAGUGGGAGAGUUUGUGGUGACCGAAGCCAAUACGCAUCCCAACACGACGAUUGUGGAACGAUUGGGAAUUGUAGAAGCUGACUCGUUCCAAGGAACUAGUCGCUCGCCUGGGGCUCGUCGGGGUCCAAGCGGGUCAGACGGGUCGCAUAUUGCGGUUAAUAACUUGAUCCAUGAGGCUGGUCGAAUUGGUGCCAAUGGAAUCGUCCGUUUACGCGUCGCAGACUAUCCUGAUGGUCGAUAUGUAGCUUCAGGCGAAGCAGUUGUGUUGAGUUAAAAAAUAGCUUCGCUCCCUCACAGGACGGAUUUUAUGUUCACUUUUUUCCCGAUAUCUUGAUCGCUUGAUUUAUCUUUCUUGUAAUGAUGACAACAUUUUGUGUAGGUAGGAGAAGUAAUUGUACUGAUGGAAGAGGACGAGAAUUUUUUUCAAAACUGAUCACUAUUUCCAUAACUUUCUUUCAAACAUUCGAUACUCAGAGGAGCAGCUUUAUUUAUUUUUUCUUUGUAAGGAGGGGUAUAUACAUACGGUUUGAAUAUACAUGCUAUUAUACAUCUAUUUCUAUUAUUUUCAAUGUAAUUGAGUGUUGAGGUUUUGUUU